GCAUCGAACCCUAGUCCAUCUCGACUUUUGGAAAUCAUCGAAUCAUUCGUUCUCCCGCUCCGAUCUUCACGACAUCUUCCUUCCACAACACUUGCCCCCCAAGCGCUUCUCCCACCGCCGCCCCCUAUGUCAAAAUCACCGAAGGAGUCGACGCGAUUCACAGCCACUGGAGUAUGGGCGCACACAAGACCUGGCGGGCGGGCAACGACGCUGCAAUUCGCGGAUCCCGCACCGAAAAACGAAACGCCACAACAGAAAGUCAAGCGGUUACGAGAGGCAGCAAACAGGGCGAAGAUGGCGCAGGUGACGAGGUGGGAUUACAUGUACUUGUACGGUAGAAUGGCGGCGGAUGCGGCGCAUAGAUUUACCGUCUACGGCUUGAUAUUUGCAACGGGUUGCGUCGGUGUCCUCGCAGUCUUCUCAAUAGGUGACAUGAUCGUCUACAACCGACGGAAACGAGCAAUCUACUUCGCCGAAGAGGAACGGGUCCAAGCCAGGAUCCUCGAAGCCGCCCGCAAUGCCGUCGCAUCAGGAACAGCUUCACCCGCACAAGCCGCUCUCGUCACAGGUAUCGCCGAGGAGCAAGAAGCAAUGGAGAGGAAGAAGGCAGAGCGAAAGGCCCCCUCUAAGCUGCUAUGGUGGCUGCACGGCGACUGGAAGGAGGACCAAGCAAUCGCAGAGCAGAGAAAGUUGGCGGUGGAGGAGAUCAAGCGGCAAGAAGCCCAAGGCAACUCAAACCUGGGCAUCGCUGCUGCGGUACAAGAAGCCAGGGCGAACGACACAACAUCCACAUUCACAUCAUCGACACCAGUAGUCGGAGGGCCGCUAGACAACACAGCAGAGAAGGCGGUGCACAAGGUGGAGGAGACCGGCAAGGGCUGGUUUGGAUUCAUGAAGGGUGGAUCGAAGAAAGAGUAGAGAAAGGACAGCGGAGAGUGAAGCCAGACGCUUCAGUGUACUAUAUACGACCUCAGCCUGUACAUUGCUGUCACAUUAGAUGUAUGCAUGAUGGAGUUCUUCAGCAGUUACGAAGGAGUCAACGAUCAUCUUGGGUAUCUUCGUUUCGUGUCCAUAUUGCACACGGAAUACAUGUUCAAACGAUUUCCAAGCCUUCCACUCGCUAGUUCCCUUGACCAGC